AUGGGUCAAGGCCAAUCUGGCAUGGGCGGCCAAGAUGGCAAGGAUGACAAGGAUAAGAAGAAGGACAAGCCGAAGUACGAGCCUCCGCCUCGCCCGACAACCCGCAUCGGCCGCAAGAAGAAGAAGGCGGCUGGCUCCAGCGCCGCCGCGAAGCUCCCCGCCGUCUACCCUACCAGUCGCUGCAAGCUCCGUCUUCUGCGAAUGCAGCGCAUACACGACCACCUGCUCCUCGAAGAAGAAUACGUCGAGAACCAGGAGCGAUUGCGCAAGGCCAAGGCUGCUAAGGAGGGCUCUGCCACCGCCAAUGAGGCCGAUCAGGAUAGGCUGGCCGACGAGCGUGGCCGCGUUGACGACAUGAGGGGUAGUCCAAUGGGCGUGGGCACUUUGGAGGAGCUCAUCGAUGACGACCAUGCCAUUGUGAGCAGCACCACUGGCCCCGAGUACUACGUCAGCAUCAUGAGCUUCGUCGACAAAGACCUCCUGGAGCCCGGAGCCAGCGUCUUGCUGCACCACAAGAGUGUCAGUAUUGUCGGUGUGCUGACGGACGAUGCCGACCCGAUUGUGAGUGUGAUGAAGCUUGACAAGGCGCCAACAGAGUCGUACGCGGAUAUUGGUGGUUUGGAGCAACAGAUCCAAGAGGUGCGAGAGUCCGUGGAACUGCCUCUGCUACAUCCUGAGAUGUACGAGGAGAUGGGAAUCAAGCCACCAAAGGGUGUAAUCCUCUACGGUGCCCCUGGUACCGGAAAGACGCUCCUGGCCAAGGCUGUUGCCAACCAGACAUCUGCCACUUUCCUGCGUAUUGUGGGUUCCGAGCUCAUUCAAAAGUACCUCGGUGACGGCCCUCGUCUGGUGCGCCAGCUCUUCCAGGUCGCUGGAGAGAAUGCACCCUCUAUCGUCUUCAUUGAUGAGAUCGACGCCAUUGGCACCAAACGAUACGAGUCUACAUCCGGCGGCGAGCGUGAGGUGCAGCGUACCAUGUUGGAGCUGCUGAACCAGCUCGACGGCUUCGAUGAUCGCGGCGACGUCAAGGUCAUCAUGGCCACCAACAAGAUCGACACACUCGACCCUGCCCUGAUCCGACCGGGCCGUAUCGACCGAAAGAUCCUCUUUGAGAAUCCCGACCAGAACACCAAGCGCAAGAUCUUCACACUGCACACAUCCAAGAUGAACCUGAGCGAAGAUGUCGACCUCGAGGAGUUCAUCUCGCAAAAGGACGACUUGUCAGGUGCCGACAUCAAGGCGAUCUGCUCGGAGGCCGGUAUGCUGGCGCUACGCGAGCGCAGAAUGCGCGUGCAGAUGGCAGAUUUGCGAUCUGCGCGUGAGCGUGUGCUCCGUACCAAGCAGGAGGGCGAGCCAGAGGGUCUGUAUCUGUAA